AUGCUGCAAUUCUUCACUCUCUCUCUCUCUCGACCUUCUCUCUCUUUCUCUCCCUGCUCUUGUUACUUCCUUUCUCUCUCUCCCUGCUCUUGUUACUUCCUUUCUCUCUCUCCCUGCUCUUGCUACUUCCUUUCUCUCUCUCCCUGCUCUUGCUACUUCCUUUCUCUCUCUCCCUGCUCUCGCUACUUCCUUUCUCUCUCUCCCUGCUCUCGCUACUUCCUUUCUCUCUCUCCCUGCUCUCGCUACUUCCUUUCUCUCUCUUCCUGCUCUCGUUGCUUCUUUUCUCUCUCUCUCUCUCUUUCUCUCCCUGCUCUUGCCUCUCUCUCUCUCUCUCUGAUCUUGCCUCCUCUUUUCUCUUUCUCCUUUCCUGUUCUCACCACCUCCUCUUUCACUCUCUGUAGUCUUGUCUCCUCCUUUCUCUCUCACUCUUUGGUCUUGGCUCCUUUCUCUCUCUCUCUGGUCUCACCCACUUCUUUCUUGCUCUUUCUCUCUCUCUCUAUGGUCUUGCCUCCUUAUAUCUUACUUUGUCUCUCUCUCUCUGGUCUUGCCUCCUACUUUCUCAUUCUCGCUUUCUCUCUUCCUGGUCUCGCUUCCCUCUUUCACUCUCUCUCUUCCUGGUCUCGCCUCCUUUCUUUCUUUCUGGUCUACCCUCCUUUUUUCUCUCUCUACCCUGUACUCGCCUCCCUCUUUCUUUCUCUCCCUGCCACCGUUGCUGCCUCUUCCUCCUCUCUCUCUCUUUUGAACACCCUCUUGAUGUUUUUGUAUUUCUCUUUCUCUUAUCUCUUUCUCAACUCCCCCUUUCAACUUUUCCUUUUGUUGUUUCUCUCAUGCAUCCUCAAUUUUUUUUUUGUUUCUCUCUCUCUCGCUCUCUUUUUAGAUGUUUUCUCUUUUCUGCCACUUUUUCACUCACUCACUUGUCUUUUUCUUUCCGGUGCCCAUAAUGUUCUCUCUAUCUCUCUAUCCAUCUCACCAAAACAAGCAUUGAACAAAGUCCAGGAACUACAAAUUCAUCAAAAGAAAAAAAAAAAGAAAGAAAAGUGUUUAAAUCACAAUUAA